CAAUAUGACGUAAACGUCAUUCGAUUGCCUGACGCUGUUCGUACGAGCUAAUAAAAGACGCAAAAAGGAAAAAAUGACGACCUUUAACAAGCUUAAUCAAAAUCAAAAAAAUAUUUUGGGCGAAUUCAUGAAGGAACAUCCAAAAUUGGCGAAGAACAUGAUACCGAACUGCGCACAAGGCAAGGCAACGAGUAUAAGGCUUUGGGAGGACCUUUCUAGAAAAUUGAAUGCUGUGGGACCACCUGUUAAGGACGCCAAAACGUGGAAAAAAGUGUUGAACUAUCGUUCAACAAGUCCUCAAAAAGUCGAACAGGUGGAGGGCCAUUCGAGGAGAAGUACAUCACGGAGGCGGAAGAAAAUAUUAUUCAGGCAAGCGGCUUAGAAGUGAAGCUCGGAACACUUUGACGACAGCAAGCGACAAGCAGCAUCUGUCAAAUUUUAAAUACACACGU